AUGCGGCAUUCAUAUCUUCGGACGUACAGGUUCGCAAUCGUUGUGUCCCACGUUGUGUCGGAGCUCGCCGCGAACCUGCCGUACGACGAGCGCCUGAUCCAGAAGAAGCGGAUACCGUAUCUGGACGAGGAGACGCCCAGGGAGCUCAACCCCUCCAUGGUGAGCGCCUCCGCCGUGUGCUCGCUGUGGCCGCUGCCGCCCGACGCCCGCCUCUCCGCCAGGGCCCCCCCCGAGGCAGUGGAGGCGGCCCUGGGGGCGUGCGACGCCUCGGAGUUCCCCGUCACCGACGGCGACGGCCACCUCCUCGGCCUGGUCACCCGCGCGCGGCUCCGGCAGCUGCUCUGGCACGUGCGGGAGGCGGACGGCGGCUGCGACGCGGCCGCGGCCGCGGCCGCGCAGUGCAGGACGGCGCGGAGGCAGCGGACGUACUUCCAGGACCGGCAGGGCGAGAGCCUCUGGGACUUCGCCGGCUCCAUAUCCCUCAGGCACUACCUCCGGCCCGAGCCCGCCGAGGCCACGCCCGGUGGGCGGGGCAAGCCGUCAGUGCCCGUCGGCCAGAUCAUGGACGGGAGCCCGCCUGUGAUCCAGGCGGACGCGCCGAUGACCCGCUUCUACCCGCUCUUCACGGACAUCGGGUGGCAGGCCGCCUGCGUCGUGGCCCCCGGCGGGGUCUUGGUCGGCGUGCUGUCCCGCGAGUUGCUCGUGCGAGCCACCCAGAAGGAGGGCCUCCGCGAGAUCCUCGCCGCGUUCCCCGACGCCGCCUCCGAGGCCGCGGGCUCGCUGGGCGCCCCC